UAUAGUUCUAACAUUGGCUAAAUUGACUGUUGUUUUAUUUUAGGGAGACUGCUACACUUAAGGCAGAUAACAGCGUUAAAAAAAAUCAAUGAAAAUUGACGCUACUGUUACAGCGACCCUCGAGGUGUAAUCUGAGGAUUAUCCCUGAUUUAAACGCGACAUUAUGAUCAUUUGGAGACCGAGAACUGUUGGCUUCCAGACGCACAGCGGACCGCUCAGCUGUUAAGUCGCUGGUAAUGUGUUUUUCCACAGCAUAUGUUUGAUUUUCAUUUUGCAAACGCGUGUGUCAUUAUCAGCGCGCAGACCCUGUCGAGUAUGUUAUUUGAAGCCGUCGCCGACGUAAAUUAGCAAAUUGCUCACCGAAGUUGCGGCUAUGGCUUCGGCGCUGAGUUGUUUCAGUGGCCCCGAGGUGCUGGAGGACGUGAAUCACGCUCGGGGUUUGAUGAACGAGUUGAAGUUGCUGUAUGACUGUCGGCUGCUCGGGGAUGUCACCAUCGGGGUCGAGUGCGAAGAGGAGUCUCUGGAGCACAGCGGCGAGUCAACCAGAGGUGACAUUGACCAACUUUUCCUGUGUAGCCGCAACGUCCUCGCCGCUGCCAGCCCGUACUUCAAGAGCAUGUUCACCGGGGGGUUGAACGAGAGCAUGCAGGAGAGAGUGGUCAUACGCGGGGUGGACGCUGAGUCCAUGUCUGUUAUCAUCGACUAUUGCUACACAGGCAGGGUGACCAUCACGGAGGGCAACGUCCAGAGGCUGUACGCAGCGGCCAACAUGCUGCAGCUCGAGUACAUCAGGAAGGCUUGCUCCAGUUUCAUGACAAGGAGGCUCGACCUCUCCAACUGUGUGGGGAUACUGAAAUUUGCAGACACCUAUGACAAUCCUGAGCUGAAGGAGAAUGCACAAGGUUUCAUAGCCAGGAACUUCAGCCAGGUGUGUAAUGGAGGGGAGCUUUGCGAGCUGGAUUUGAUGCAGUUAAAGGAGUUGUUGUCUCUGGACACUUUGGAUGUGGACUGUGAAAGGAAAGUAUGCUCAGCUGCUCUGCAGUGGAUCGAGGCUAAUGCACCACAAAAAAGGGAGGAUGCAUUGCAAGCACUCAAAUGUGUACGCUGGAACUUGUUUACCGAAAAGGACAAGUGUUACCUGGAGAGCCUCAUGGCAAGGCCUUUAAUCGAGAAAUACCUCUCAACUUUCUUUAACAGGUCCACAGAGGAGAGCUGUGGGAUGCCUGCAACGCCGGAUGUACCAAAACACAGAAUAGGUGUAAGUGCAAAAGAAAUGAUUCUCUUCUUCGGCCUUCCCAAUGACAACAUAAUGUGCUGUGACCCAUACUCGGAGGACCUGUAUUUCAUGGCUCCUCCUUUGGAAGAUCUCAGCAGUCAGGAUUACAAACGUUCCACCAUGGAGUCCUUAAUCGCCUGUGCCACACCUGAAAACAACCUGUACCUAGCCUCCCACCUUUCUAAGCACUUCUGGCUGUAUAACCCUGUGCUUAACAGCUGGCAGGAGUUGGCAGAGAGGCCGCUGGGGAGGAUACACUCGGGGAUGGGCUACCUCAAUGGCCACGUGUACCUUUUAGGAGGAAGGAAUCCAGUGACGGACACCAGACUGAAGGAGGUGGAGUGUUACAGCGUCCAGAGGAACCAAUGGACGUUUGUGGCUCCUCUGCCUCACUCUUUGGGUAAAAUGCAGGUGGUAGCAUUGAACGACCACCUGUACGUGGUAAACAAAAGGAGAAUGCUUUGCUACGAUCCCAAGAGGAACCGCUGGCGCCACUGUGGGUCACUGAGAAGAGACAAGCUUCACAAGGCCUGCGUAUUUCAGGACCAGAUCAUCUGUGUGUGCGAUAUCCCUGUGGUGAAAGCCUACAGCCCGACCAGGGGGGAAUGGAAGAGGUUGGGUGACAUUCCCAUUGACAGUCGGGCUCUUAAUUACCAGGUGAUCCAGCACAACAACAAGCUGCUCCUCCUCACUCAGACUUUACUGCAGCACAACAAAAACAGGGUCCUUAUCCAUGAAUACGACCCAGCCAGGGACACCUGGAAGAAUGUCAUGGCAGUGUAUGUCUCCACCCUGGGGCCUGUGUGCGUUUCAACACGCGUGUACCCAGCAUGCCUGGGCUCUGCUCACAGCUUCUCUACAGAGGAGGACGAUGACAGUGGCUCCAGUGCUGACUGGGACUUUGAUGGGUUGACAGACGCAGACUCUGACUCUGGCAGCUCUAGCUCUUUCUCAGAUGAGAACUGGUAGUGAAAUGUGUUACUGUGUCAAAGAACGGUUUAACUUAUUUAUAAUUUAAUGGAUUUUGACAGGGUUCUGUCUGCAAGGAGAGGUCACAGAGCCAGAUUGAAUUCAGUAUUAAAAUCAGUCACAGAGUAGAAGCACAAGCCAUUUGGGAGUUGAAAUAUGUACAUGUUUUAUUUUAUAUCUCAUCACAGCUCUGGCUAAUGACCAUUCACAGCAGAAGCAGAAUUGGUUUCAGUGUUUCCUUUCGAUCGUUUUCCUCACAGUGAGAACAGAUGUCAAGAGUCAAGGGUAUUGUGCCUCAAUUUGUAUCAUGUCCUGCCAGGAGGAAGGACAGCAUGAUGCCUGGAAGGGUCUUGUAGACUCUUGUUUACACAAUAAAUUAAGACAAAUACAUGAUAGAAAAAUAACUGUUCGGCUACAGGUUCCUUUAUAGAGUGGAGCAUGUAGCGUCAUAAUUUAGCACGUUAAUAAAGGCAGCUGAAUUAAUCGUACUCCAGAGAUGCAGUAUUACACUUCCGUAAAAUUUGACCUACAACUUUACAACUUUUCAAUUACAACUUACAAGAGACGGAUUAACAAAGAAGGUUCAAAAUUGAAGCAGCAGACGCUUAUGUAUCCUGACUUUUUGUCUCUAUGGUCACGCUUUUAAAAACAGUGGGAUCCUGUUACUUCCAUAAUGCACUGGUUUCCAAAAUGAGCCUUUGUAGGGUAGCUCCACAAGUUGACAGAAAAAUGUGAAAUUAAACCAAAGUCUGAUAUACCUUUUCACCACAGAGACAUUUUAACUUGUCGAACACAGGUGUUACUCAUGAGAUAAUUAACUGCUGUAUUGCACUGCAAUAACUGCCGGAACUGAGCCAUCGUUAAUGUAAUUAGUUCCACCUGUGCUUUUCCUGCUAUGACAACUCAAAAUGUCAGGUGUGAAAAGGUCUGUGAAUCUGAUUUGAAAGUGAUCUGAUGCUACACCAAGGCUAUCAAGACACAUUUAGGAAGCGAAAUGACAUUCAAAUACAAGAUUAACAGACUUCGGCAGGUUGGAAAAAGAGCAACUGGGGAUGUUUAUCAAGCAAAUCCUGAAUACAAACACAUGCAUCUUGUUUUUGAGUUCAUUUUCAGUAUAGCAGGGAAGGCUUGUUUCUUUUUUGUGUAAAAUUAUAUGACAAAAAAAAAAAAUUAUGAACCACUGCCAUCUUCAACACCCACAUUUUUCACAUUUGCCAUUUGGAAAGCAGGCUGUCUGUUAAAAAUGUGUGCACUACAAACACAAGCUGAGAUACCCAGGUGAUGUUACUUGUGAAUUUUUUUUAGACUUGACAAAGCUCUUCCAGAGCUACAGAAGAUAUUAUGUGAAACUGUUUGCACAUGCUGAGUAGUACUCCCCACGAUAAGUAAAUUAACAUGUUUAUGUUAAAUCAGUGGAGGGCCCCUUUAAUGCUUUAAGACUUAGUGCUUGUGUUGUGUAAUAUAAAAGAAAUAUUUGCUAACAACAUGUUAUUUAGCUUGAAUACAGGAGCACACAUGCUUACGAUCAGUGUAAAAUCCUGACUGAUUUUGGGGACAUCAGGCAGCUCAAGUGCCUCAUGUUAAUGACACGACUGGUCAUUUACAGGGCUUUAAAAUUUGCUGUCCUUUUUUAUGUUGAUGAUGCACAUCGAGAUGUUGCACACAACCAGCGUUGUGAAAACUACUGUAUGAAAUGUAGAAGCCAAUGUACUGUACACUCACUCAGGUUUAGGCUGAAGCAAAAGCCUGUAUGCCAUGAUUGAAAUUUUUUUGAGAUGUAGUGAAAUUAGGUAGCUUUGGCAACAAAUUAUACAUUUUAUUAAAUUUAUUUGAAACUAUUCUGUUAUGUGUAUGUAUGUUUUUGUAUCUAUUUUUUUUUUUGUAACUUAACAUUUAUGUUAUAAUCAGAAAUCAAAAUUCACAAAGUGUUUUCAGUAUUGUUUGGUCCUGAUUGUUUUAGUUGGAGGAAAUUUUGUCUGCAUGUAUGCAACUGUUGCAAAGCCACUGCCUUCACAAACUACCCCAUACACUCAGUUACCAGUUUAUAAUCUGUGUUUAAACACACUGAAGUGUUUUUGCUUCUCAUUCAUAUUAAUAUUGUAGACUAAAUAUUAGAAACACCUCUCGGUAUAAUGCAAUACCACAAACUACAGCCUCCAAAAUGUCCAUAAAGUUCAGUCAACACCUCUCUAAACAAUAAACAUAAACUUUCAUGAAGGUAGGAUUUAAUACAGGGCUGUUGUAUUGGACUGUAUGUUUUAGCUAGGUGUACCUAACAAACUGGUAAAUGAGUGUAGGUCUCACCAUUGUGUCUGUAUGAUGGAUAGUUGAAGUGUUAUAUUUUGAAUGUGUGUGUGAGGGGGAAGGGUUGAUUGGCUGUGGUAACACGUGGCCUGGAUUGUAAAAGCUGUUUUAGUGUAUGUGUCAAAUAAACAUCUGUUUCUGAUACAGAAGAGCA